GUCCACUGGACUACUGAGAAUCUGAAUUAUUCUGUCACAAUUUCCGGCGCAGUUCUUUACUGUUCAUCAAGUUUUGGGAUAUAAGAGCAGCGAAGGUUCCGGGUGAGGUUGUGCUUAAGACUUCCACUUCUCAUUGUACUUGGGUGAAGUGGUUAGAGCUCUAAGGGAAGGCUGGAGUCAAUUUAACGCAAGUAUCUGGGAACGAUUUCACGCUGUGCAAACCACUCGACCUGUAGUUCCUUUCGUGAGAACGGACUCGCCGUGACUGACAGCUGCCGGAAGUGAGGCUGCGUGGAAUGACGGCUGCUGCCACAAUGGCGGUAGCUGCGGCGGAGCUGGUGAUGAGGACCGGAGCCUCAGAUAUGGAGGAAGAGGAGGGCCCGCUGGGGGAUGGUCCUCGUCUUCAGGAGCCAUUGCAACUUGGAGAGUUGGACAUCACCUCUGAUGAAUUUAUCAUGGAUGAAGUGGAUGUUCACAUUCAGGCAAAUCUGGAGGAUGAUUUAGUAAAGGAAGCUCUUAAAACGGGUGUGGAUCUCCGUCACUAUUCAAAGCAGGUAGAGCUGGAGCUACAGCAGAUUGAGCAGAAAUCCAUUCGGGAUUUGACCUUUGAGCGCAUGGAGCAGAUGUUGGGAGCUUUUCAGAGUGACCUCAGCUCCAUCAGCUCUGAGAUCCGGACGCUGCAGGAACAGUCAGGAGCCAUGAACAUUCGGCUACGAAACCGCCAGGCAGUUCGGGGGAAACUUGGGGAGCUUGUUGAUGGUCUGGUAGUGCCCUCUGCUCUGGUCACGGCAAUUCUGGAGGCACCAGUGACAGAGCCCAGAUUCCUGGAACAGCUGCAGGAACUGGAUGCCAAAGCAGCUGCAGUCCGAGAGCAGGAAGCUAGAGGUACAGCGGCCUGUGCAGAUGUCAGAGGUGUGCUCGACCGACUCCGGGUCAAGGCAGUGACGAAGAUCCGAGAGUUCAUCCUUCAGAAGAUUUAUUCCUUCAGGAAACCAAUGACCAACUAUCAGAUCCCCCAGACGGCCCUGCUGAAGUACAGGUUCUUCUAUCAGUUCCUGCUGGGCAAUGAAAGAGCAACAGCAAAGGAGAUCCGGGAUGAAUAUGUGGAGACACUGAGCAAGAUCUACCUCUCUUAUUACCGCUCCUACCUGGGGCGGCUAAUGAAGGUGCAGUAUGAGGAAGUUGCUGAGAAGGAUGAUCUAAUGGGAGUGGAAGAUACGGCAAAGAAAGGAUUCUUUUCGAAGCCGUCACUGCGAAGCAGAAAUACCAUCUUCACCCUGGGGACCCGUGGCUCUGUCAUCUCCCCCACUGAGCUGGAGGCCCCCAUCCUGGUACCCCACACUGCCCAGCGGGGAGAACAGAGGUAUCCGUUUGAGGCCCUCUUUCGCAGCCAGCACUAUGCCCUCCUAGACAAUUCCUGCCGGGAAUAUCUUUUCAUCUGUGAAUUCUUUGUUGUGUCCGGCCCGGCUGCGCAUGACCUCUUUCAUGCUGUCAUGGGCCGUACGCUCAGCAUGACCCUGAAGCACCUGGAGUCCUAUCUCGCUGACUGCUAUGAUGCCAUUGCUGUUUUUCUCUGUAUCCACAUUGUCCUCCGGUUCCGCAAUAUUGCAGCAAAGAGGGAUGUUCCCGCCCUGGACAGGUACUGGGAACAGGUGCUUGCCUUGCUGUGGCCACGGUUUGAGCUGAUACUGGAGAUGAAUGUCCAGAGUGUCCGAAGCACUGACCCUCAGCGCCUUGGGGGCCUGGAUACUCGGCCCCACUAUAUUACGCGCCGAUACGCAGAGUUUUCCUCUGCUCUCGUCAGCAUCAAUCAGACAAUUCCCAAUGAGCGGACCAUGCAGCUGCUUGGGCAGCUCCAGGUGGAAGUGGAGAAUUUUGUCCUCCGAGUGGCAGCUGAGUUCUCCUCAAGGAAGGAGCAGCUUGUGUUUCUGAUCAACAACUAUGACAUGAUGUUGGGUGUGCUGAUGGAGCGUGCUGCAGAUGACAGCAAAGAGGUUGAGAGUUUCCAGCAGCUGCUCAAUGCUCGGACACAGGAAUUCAUUGAAGAGUUGCUAUCUCCCCCUUUUGGGGGUCUGGUGGCAUUUGUGAAGGAGGCGGAGGCUUUGAUUGAGCGUGGACAGGCUGAGCGACUUCGAGGGGAAGAAGCCCGGGUUACUCAGCUGAUUCGUGGCUUUGGUAGUUCCUGGAAAUCGUCGGUGGAGUCUCUGAGUCAGGAUGUAAUGCGGAGUUUCACUAACUUCAGAAAUGGAACUAGUAUCAUCCAGGGAGCAUUGACCCAGCUGAUCCAGCUUUAUCAUCGUUUCCACCGGGUGCUGUCUCAGCCCCAGCUCCGAGCUCUCCCUGCCCGGGCUGAGCUUAUCAACAUUCACCACCUUAUGGUGGAGCUCAAGAAGCACAAGCCCAACUUCUGAUGUGCCGGACCCUGGGACUCAUGAGCCUUCUCCAUGGACUCCUAUACUUCAUCCAUCCCAUACCCUUCUUCACCUGGCGUGCCCCCCUCAGUUUUCCCCUUGCCUCCCAGGUCUGUGGCAUGCCUCACCCUGCCUUCAUUCCAGGACCGUGCCUCAUCAGGGUAGGCUAGGUCCCUUUAGCUUUCUGAAUCUCCCAGGGUCUUCAGGGUUCCCAGGACCACCUUUCCCUGGGCAUCCAGAGUGACAUUUACCAUUCUCCAAUUUUGUCUUUUGUCACCCCCUCUAUCCCUUCCCCCUAAAACACCUCAAAAAACCAAGGCUCUCUCAAUCUCUGGUUCAUUCAACUCUUGUCAGCAUGUCCUUAGGUGUGAAGCCUCAACUCUUGGAAUUAAUUGCUGGUAAGGGGAGACUGCCUCCAAGUCAUUGAUUUAUCUUUUUUUUUUCCUCCCAUGCAAAGUGGAUUCCUUUCUGUAGUUUUUUGACCUAAGAUCUCAGCAACUUGAACACUAACCAGUUCCCCUCCUCGCUUGAGAGAUACUCCAAGGUCAGUUUGCAGAGAACAAUAAAUAUUGAUAUGACACAACAA